AUGUCUCCUAUCGCCGUGUGCCCAGUCAGAAUCGAGGUGCACGCAGACAAAACUCUUGCCUAUUCGGCCCGGCCACAGACGGGGCUUGAUUCUCCUCGGACCGAGCCUGCUCUGCCCGGUCUUGCCCGGCUGGGCCAUUCUGAUUGGCUAGUCGAGUCUGGUGGGAAUUGUAGCUGCACACAUGGCCAGGGCCAGGGCCAGAGCCAGACCUCUUCUCAAGCCGACAGACAAUCAUCCAUCUCGGCCUGCAGAAGGCAGUUGAGUCUGGCAAAGCCGGCCAACCGGUCUGUUGGUCGGUCGAUGAGGAGGCCUAAGCAUUUCUGCUUGAGACGAAGUGGGCAAACGGCUGGUGGCGGGAGGCUGUGCUUCGUCCAGCCUUUGCCAUCGGGCGCUGGCUGGGCAAACUUUACGCCCCCUGCCGACUCAACAGUAUCCUCUAUCGGCCAGGUUGCAGGCUUUGUGCACCACAGCCUACCUGCUUCUAAUGCUCUUGCUAUGCUCACUCUUAGCGCUUUUUAUCCUCUUCUCAUUCAGGCUUCCCACUGCCAGUCCAAUUGA